AUGACUAAUAACAGUUCUUUAAGUGGUGGUGACCUUGUCCCGCGUCGGAUCACUAUUCAGGUAAUUAUUGUGCAGGUGUUAGUGAUUAUAUUUCUUGUCAUUAACUUUACACUCAUAGUGACCUUUUUUAAAAAUGAAAACUUUAUUACAACCACACGCUACAUCCUGUUUGCUCUUACCCUACUGUCUGACAGCUUGAUUUUAAUCAUGACUGAUGUUCUGCUCCUCUUGUCCUUUUUUCAAAUAACUAUGCAGGUUUGGUUAUGUGUCAUUAUCUCUGUUCUGGUUUAUCCAUAUUAUAAGAUUACACCAGUUACUCUGACAGCUAUGACUCUGGAGCGCUACGUUGCCGUUUGCAUGCCCCUGCAUCAUGGAGAGCUGUGUUCCAUGAGAACUACUGUACAUUGUAUCCUUAUUAUUCAUGGACUCAGCGCUAUACCCUGCGCUCUUAUUCUCUGCACGUUUUUUGCAACAGCUUCUUUGAGCUCAUACACAGAAGACAGGAUUUGCUCUGAAGAGAUGUUCAUUUUGUACAAAUGGCAGGACCACGUCAGGUCAUCUGUACAACAGGCCUUCUUCUUUAUAAUGUUUAUCAUCAUUGUAUUCUGCUACUUUAAAAUAAUGAAAGCAGCAAGAGCCGCAUCUGGGGAGUUAAAAAAGUUAACAAACAAAGGAUUAAGAACAGUUGUUCUUCAUGGUUUUCAGCUGAUGUUUUGCCUCACCAGUCUGUGGUGCCCAUUAAUAGAAACUGCUGUGCUUCAGAUUAGUUUCAAGUUAUUUAUAGAUGUCAGGUACUUCAACUACAUAAUGUUUAGCCUUAGUCCAAGGUGUCUGAGUCCCCUCAUUUAUGGAGUAAGGGAUGAACAAUUUUGUUUUGCACUGAAACACUAUAUUUUAUCAGGAUUUCACAACAGAAAAAUUGGAUUUCCAGAUAAAUGA